AAUUUUAUACCGAAUGAUUUGAUUGGUUAAUUUUAAAUAAGCGGGCCAUUUUUGAAACUGAAAAAGCUCUCCUAAGUUGAUGUCAACUUUACCUGAUCUACAUAAUAAUAUCUAAAAUAUAGAGUUGAAAUCACCGACAGAGUGUUAUACGCAUACCUGGACUCAAGAGGCAUACUUUUGUUUCCAUAAUGGCUGAUCUAGAGGACAUCGAAGAUGCAGGACAUCAUGAUGAUGAUGAGACAAUCUUCACAAACUGUAGAAAUAAUCUUCUGGAAUCAUUUGCCAUUGCAUCUAAGCCCCAACAGAGCGAGGAUGAUCACAGUAUCCUUGGACGCGAGAACAUGAAAAUAUACUUAAGAAUUCGGCCGUUCUCCGACAAAGAAAUCAAAGAUGGGGAAAACCAGCAUUGCUUGGAGAGAGAAAAUGAACAUAUGGUUAUAAUGCAUGCACCCAAAGACUCGGUUACCUACAAAAACAGUAUGCAUGGAUGUGGCAAAGUAGCUCACAAAUUUACAUUCUCCAAGACAUUUCCAGAUAUGACGAGUCAAAAAGAAUUUUUUAAUGUUACAAUGCUAGGGAAGGUGAAAGACUUUGUAGAUGGCCAGAAUUGUCUUCUGUUUACAUAUGGUGUAACAAACAGCGGAAAAACAUACACAAUACAAGGAAACCCGAAAGAUGCUGGAAUUCUACCAAGAACGCUUGAUGUGUUGUUUAACAGUAUCCAAGGUCGCCAGUGGGGGGGAAUGUCCCUUAAACCCCGUAUGUUCUCAGAUAUUGUAAAACUAUCAACAAGACAGGAAGCUGCCGAACAAAAAGUGAAAGACUCCGUCAUGAAGCUCGCAACUGAUGACGACAUUGAUGUGACGAGUCUAUUGGGAGAUGAUGCAGCCUCUGAUGUAUCUAGGCUCUCUACCAUAUCGACAGUCAGCACUGCUACUGCCAGUUCUGAUGAUCAGCCCAUGAUAACAAAUGAAGAUGAGGCCAAAGAGAAUAUUGUUAAGCUAUUUGAAGAGGCGGAGAACAGGGAACGUGAGGAGGCAGCAAUCAGUGUUGAAGCACAGGGGCAAAUCAAGUUCUCAGUCUGGGUGUCAUUCGCCGAGGUCUACAAUGAAUACAUCUAUGAUCUGCUGGAAGCAAUACCCAGUAAGAAAAAUGAGAAAAAUUUCCGUAGAACUACGUUGAAGCUAAGUGAGGACAAAAAUGGGUCACCCUAUAUAAAAGGUCUGAAGCAUAUCCACGUGACAUCAGCUGAUGAGGCCUACAAGGUAUUAACAAUUGGACAGAAAAAUCUAAGUGUUGCUUGUACCAAACUGAACCACAGUUCCAGCAGAAGUCACUGCAUAUUCAACAUCAAACUUCUACGAGUGGUCGACAAAGAUGAUCCUCAUGUUGCCCGUAUUAGCCAAUUGUCAUUCUGUGACUUGGCUGGUAGUGAGAGGUAUGGAAAGACAAAGGCUGAUGGUGAGAGACUGAAGGAGGCUGGGAACAUCAAUACCUCCCUUCUCACUCUUGGUAGAUGCCUGGCUGUCUUGAGGCACAAUCAGGCUCACCCCAAGGACACAAAGAUCAUUCCCUUUAGAGAUAGCAAACUGACCAGGUUAUUCCAGAGUUACUUCAGUGGUAAAGGCAAAGCAUCUAUGAUAGUCAACAUCAACCAGUGUGCCACCAUGUUUGAUGAGACCCUCCAUGUGUGCAAGUUCUCUGCAAUAGCUAAACAGAUUAAAGUCGAGCAAGAGGUUGAAAAGGUGAGACCCAAACCCCGAGCUAAAGGUAUCACCAUGGCCCUGAAUCAGUCCAGCAGGGUACGGCCCUCUAUAGCCUGGGCGACACCAGGUACCAUGGCUCAGUACACCGAAGAGGCUGCUAACAUCCCUCUACCUGAAGAAGAUGAAGACGAAGACCUGGAUGAUGAUGAAGAGGAAGAUGCUGACAAUGUUCAAGGCAAUCAGAAACUGAUAGAGCUCCUUCAGUCUUUGAAGAACCAACUGGUGGAAGAAAAGAGGAAGAACAUGAAUCUAGAGGUUGAGAUUAGAAAUGAGGUCUGUCAAGAGAUGGCAGAUCAAUUGGUAGAGAUAGAGAAUAGCUACAGUGACCGCCUCCGUGAAGAGCAGAUGUUGAUAGAGGAGAAGGCAGAGAAGAGGAUUGAGAUGUACACACAAUCAGUGAAGAAGUCCAGGAAGAGAGCUAGGGUUGUUGAAGAUGAUGAGGAUGAAUAUGUGUCCAGUAUUCACUUACAUGCAGAGAAAGUAAAAGUACAGGAAGCUGAGAAGCAUAACAGCGAACUGCAGACUCAGCUGUCUAGUGUUAGAGCCGAUCUCUCACAGACCAGAGAACAACUUCAACAAGCAGAGGCUGAAAGAAAGAAGGCCCAAGACCUUGUUGCAGAGUUGCAGUCAAAAUUGGACAAUGCGCAAUCUGCAUCUGAUUCGGAAAACACUGUUACUCAGGUACGGAAUCAGAUUGAGGUGCUUGAAACAGGCAAGGCACGACAGGCGAAGGAACUGACAGCUGCCUAUGAAGCCAUUAAAGAUCUCAAGGCGACAUUGAAAGAGCAGAGCAGAGGCAAUCAACAGGAAGAUGAAAGUCAGAUCUCUAACAAUGAGCUGAUAAAGAACUUGACUAGAGAACUUACUGAAGCCAAGGAACAACUUCAAGCUCAAAUUACUGAGAAUGCAGAACUACAGGAGACUCUGAAUGAAGCUGGGGAGACCUUCCAACAAAAGGAAUCUGAGAUCUCAAAACUACAAACUGUUAUAGCUGAGGGUGAGAAGUCCAUAGAGGAACAGGCUAGCGCACUGACUGAGCUCCAAAAGUUAGUAGAAGAACUGAGAGCUGGAGUUGAAGAGGCGCAUGAGAAGAUCAGCCAGAAGGACACUCAGAUAGGAACUCUAGAACAACAGUUAGCUGAGAGUAAAGACGCACUAUCAAAAGAGGGCACUGUUCAACAGAGCCAUCUAUCUGACCUAACCAGCACUAUUUCACAAGCUAACCAAAAACUUGAAAAUCUACAAGUGGAAGUCACGGAGAAAGAUGCAAAGAUCGCUGAACUCGACUCAAGUUUAGAACAAAAAUAUAAGGAAGUUGAGAAUGUUGAGGCUGAACUAGUAAAGGAAAGAGCGAGUCUUCUAGAGGCAAAGGCAUAUAGUACACAGCUGGAACAACAGAUUACACAAGGUACCACAGACAUUGAGAGCCUAAAAGCCAGUCUAAAGGACAGAGAUGGAACAAUCUCACAACUUCAAGCCAAGAUAGCUGGUUUAGAAACAUCCCUCGAGAUGGCUAGUGAAAAUGGAGAAACUCUCGUUAAAAACAAUUCAGAAAUAUCUGAUCUGAAAUCUGAACUGUCAAUGAAAGAAAAAGCCCAAAAGGAACUUGAAAUGAAAUUAUCUGAGAUGCAAACAUCUGUUAAGGAACUAAAAGACAGUCUGGAACAAACAGAAACCUCCCUUCAGGAUCAAUAUAAAGACUAUGUGCAGUUGGAAGAAAAAUGUGAAGCUAUGAAGGCUGGCAAAGAGGAGUUGGAGGCAAAGCUUGGAGAGGUAGAGAAGGAGAGGGACCAAACUCAGGAGAAGCUCAAACAUACAGAGGAGAAAGCAAGGAGAUACACUGAUACCAGUCAAGAUCUUAAAGAUGAAUUAAGUGCCAUGAAGGAAAAGACUGAAUCACUUGAGCAAACUGUGAAAGUCCUAUCUCAUGACCUCGAUGAAGCUAAUGAAGAGAUCACAAAGAAGAAAAUCGGUGAGAGCAAUUUGGAAAUUGUGAUAGGCAAGAAAGAGCAGUCCAUUGCUGCAUUGGAGACUCAACUUGCUGAACUGAAGCAGCAAUAUCAACAAGAGCUGGCAGCUUAUAGUGAUGCAAAGUCCAACAUGUCUGUCUUGGAAACUGAGGCAUUCAGAGUGCAGGAGUUAAUGGUUGACAGGGAUAGUCAAGUCCAAGAACUGCAGGCCAGGAUCAAAGAACUAGAGGCUGAAACAAACAAAGCAGAGACCCAACAGUCUGAAACUGCUACACAUAAUGCAGAUACAAUGAAGGAACUUGAAUUGAAACUAUCUAGUGUUACUGAAGAGGCUGCAAAUGCUGCAGAGGAAAUGGAAACAAAGCUUCAGAAUAUUGAAUCUGAGCUUCAGAAUGAGCAGAAACUCCACAAAGAAUGUAGGAAUAAUGUUAAGAGAUUGGAGAACAGGAUUACCCAGCUUGAGGAUUUAUCUAACAAUGGUACCACAUCAAAUAAACUUGAUGACAGUCUGAAAUAUGAACUAGAUCAGCUCAGAGAUGAACUAGAAAAAGAAAAAAUUGAGAAACACCGAUAUUGUAAUACAAUCGAUGAACUUCAUUCCAAAGUAAAUGGACUAGAAAUGUCUCUAGAAAUGGCGAAUGAAAACUUAUCCCUGGUUGAGGAGCUCAAUGUUACAAUUGGGGACCUAGAACAUAAACUUCAUACCGAGGUUCAGUAUAAGGAAGAAGUCGAGGACAAAGCUAGUAAAUUUGAAGUGAAUGUUAAGUCUCUUCAAACAGAACUUAAAACUGCCCAAGAGAAAGCUGACACUGCUGCAGAGAAGGUCACCCAACUUGAAGACAUCCUUGACAAUCUAAGUGAUAAAUGUAGGAGACUCGAGAAACAAAAUGUACAGUUGGAAACUGACUUGAAUAAACUGAAUGAUGCUGACAGUGAAUUAAAAAAAGACCUGGCAUCAAGUGAGAAUGAUACAAAAGAAAAAGUUAAUGAACUUGAAUCAAAGAUUGCAGUCGUUAAUGAACAAUUAAAAUCAACUUUAGAGGAAUAUGCUCAGAAAACUAAUGAGCUUAAAGACAAAAGUGCAAAAUUGACCAGUCUAACAAAUGAACUAAAUGAUGCCAGGGAUUCGGAACAGAAUCGCAUUACUGAACUUUCACAAUGUAAAGUGAAAGAGAAAGAACUUAAAUCUAAAAUAAAUCAACUAGAAAGUGAUCUUGAAAUGCAGUCUCAGUUAAAACUAGAAGCUUUGAACAAUAUUGAGAAGAACUCCGAAGACUACAAAACAAGUCUUGCCAAUCUUGAAUCCCAAAUAUCAACAUUAAAAGAAUCUGAAAACUCCCUUAAUCAACAAAUUGCUGACUUUGUUGUGAAAUGUAAAGCGCUUAAAGAUGAACUCAAUAAAAAGGAAACAAAUGCGAUUGAAUUAGAGAAUACAUUGGAAACUGACUUGAGUCUUAAAAACAAUAAACUACAAGAACUCCAGACGACUAUAGAAGAUAAACAAGUCAAGAUUACAGACUUGGAAUCUGCUAUUAAAUCCGUACAACUAGAAUUGACAAACCGUGAUGAGACCAUACAGAAACUUAAAGAUGGCUUAAAGUCCAAGGAUAGUGUCUUGGCUAAAAGGGAUGCAAAGAUAGUUGAUCUUGAAGAAGUUGUGAAGACCAAACAAGAUGCAGAGAAAGCUGUAGUUGAAGACAGCAGCCAUGAAAUUGAGACUCUUAAGGUGAAGGUUAGAGAAUUAGAGUCAAAGAUUGCUGAAGAAACUAACCGCACCAAAGAAAUGUCCAGUGCUCUAGCAGAGAAACAGAAGUACCUUGAUGACCUGUCACAUGACCUUGACACCAGAGAAAGCUCUAUUGAUGCCUAUAACAAACAGAUCAGUCUGCUGAAAAAUGAAACCACCUUACUACAGGAACAAGUUGAUAAGACACAAGAGAGAGAAUCUAACCUCAGAGGCCAGCUUCAGGAAGCCUCACAGAAGCUAGAAGAGCAGCACAAACAGCUGAAUGAACUUGAAGAUAAAUUAAGUGAAUCUGAGAAAGCUAAACGCUCAUUAGAUGAGAGAAAUACACAACUCAAAGAGACUAUCAGCUCAUCCAAGCUAGAGGCUGAGAGUAAUAGUGGCAAAUACAAAGAGUUAGAAGAAGAGCACAAUUCUGUCAAAAAACAACUAGCUGAUCUGGAGAGACUGCUAGCGAAGAAAGAAGAACGAAUCAAGACCAAGAAUACUACAAUUACAGAUCUCAUGACCAAGAUAGAUGGAGAAUGCAGCAAAUAUGAGCUUGCUUUGAAAGAUCACAAGUCUAAUGAGAUGCUGAUCAACCAGCUAAGAGGAGCAAUGGAAGAGAUGGAGAAGACUGCUCAGCUACAGGAGGAUGUACUCAAUCAGAGGGAUGAGGAGAUAUCAAAAAUCACAAAAGAGCUUGGUGAAUUGAAUGAAAGGCACAUGUCUCUGCAGCAGAACACUAUGGAAUCCAGCAAGCGAAUCAAAGAGACAGAGGUUCAAUUGAAAGCUGCUCAGGUCUCCAAGACUGAUAUGAGUUCAGUGCAAGCACAGCUGGAGGCCCAAGUGAAAACUCUACAAGGCACCAUCACCAAGUUGGAACACGACAAGUCCAUCCUUCACAGAGAUAUGACGGACACCAAUAAUGAGCUUAAAGAACUGGAAAAAUUAUUAUCUGAAAGCCGCAGGGAAAUUGAAAACCUCAAGCUGCAAACCAAGGAGGACCACAAACAGAUACUACAAUCAGAAAACAAAGAGAAAGACACGAUUAAAUUGAAGAUCACAUCUCUAAUAACCCAAAAUAAGGAAAAAGAUGACCAAAUAAAUAAGUUAGAGGACGAUCUGAACACAUUCCGCCAUGACAGAGACAAACUUGUGCAGGGCUUGGAACAGAUCAUGAAAAAGAAAGAUGCAGAGAUUGAAAAGCUAAAGUCUGCCUCUCAAACAGGCUCGGCAGAUACAGACUCUGAAUCUAGUCUUGCAGAGCAGUUACGUGAGAAGGAUGACAUCAUCCAAGCCCUCCAAUCAGAGCUGGAGAAGGCCCCAUCACGUCGUGGACGUUCACGUCGCAAUGUGCCAUCAGUAAGUGAGACUGAAGAAACGGAACUUCUAGCCAAACAACUUCAGGAUAAGUGUAAAGAACUGAAGGAUUGCAAGAUACUUCUAGAGAGGACACAAAUUGCCAAAGAUGAGGUUAUCUCUGACUUAAAAGAAGCUAACAAGAAACUCCAGGAUGAAAUUACUUCAGUGCCAGAGAUUGAUGUCCAGACAAGCCAACAGCCUGUUGUACCUGUCCAGAAGAAACGUGGUGGCACCAGGGCCAAACGCAAUAGGAAGACAUCUAGUGAUACUGACACUCAGGGCAUAGAGAAUCAACCAGUAUCAAGCGAGAAACCAACUCGUGCCUCAACUCGAGCAGGUCGCCCUUCAACAAACCGACGACGUAAAACUAGAACAGAUGAAAAUUCAUUCUUUGCAAUACAGGAAGAAUCAGUUGAUGUGAUAGAUCUGGAUACUCCCCCUACCUCAGCUCAGAAGAAACGUAACGUUGAUGAGCUUGUCCAGGUCAACCUUUCAGGCGAACACUCACCCACAGCUUGCAGUCAACCACUAGUGGCACCCAAUACCACAGAAAAGAAGCGAAGGCGCCGCUUAAUGGCAACAGAUUUAAAUAAACCUUUUGAUCAAUCACCUAAUAGUGAAAUGUCAUCAAUGGCAGAAGCAGAAGACCCACAUAAAAUAGUCACCAGAAGGCUCAGGAGCAGACGCCAAUAAAUACACAAGAUACUCCCCAAUUAACAUAGUUGGUGACAUGAACAUGCAGCUCAAAGUCACUCAUAGUAAUGUACAUGUUGCUGGUAUUAUCCUGUACAUGUGCAUUGACUAGCAUUGAUUACCGAGGAGUGUUCAUUACGUGAGCUUAACUUGAGGUGUUCAAGUUAAGGUGUUGCUGCACAUGGAUUAUUUUCUUUUGAGGGAUGGAGAUACGCUAUAAUAUUUCAUAGCAUUUGUAGGAGUGCUACUUUUUUGGACCUUAUUGCAUCAAUAUAUGAGAGUAGUAGUUCUGAAGUCAUUAGAUUAUUGAAUUGACUUUGUGACAAUUAAUAUAGAAAACAUAUGUAUGGGGUCUACCAAUGUCAUUCCAUUAUCCAUCUUUCAUGUUACAACACAUAAUAGUAUUUUGUGAGAGUGUAAUUACAGUAUGUUUUUUAUAAAAAGUGGGAGAAUUGAUGAUUAAAGGAAAAUGCGUUCGGUUGUGUGUAUGAGAGAAUGUGUGAGAUGAAAGUGAUGUAUUGUGCAAGUUCAAAGAUAAUACAUUCAUACACCCCAAUACUUAUAAUACUUUCUCAACUUUGUCAAUUUUCUAUGAAUGUCAAAAAAUCAUUCAAUAUAAUAUGUAUCACUGUAAAUAAUGGUGCCAGUGAAGAAUUGAAAUGUCUCUUGGAAUCAUGUAAUAUUAAUUAUAAUUUGUGGAAAAUCAUUGGAGCAUAAACCAUUUAAAAAUCAAUCAUCUGUACAACAGGCUAAAUCACAAGCCUACCUGCUUGUAUAUAUGUAGAAAAAAUAUUUAACGCAAUAUAACUAACAUUGAAAAUGUGA